GGCCCGACCGCCAAGGGGUGCGCACACCACGGCGAUAAAAAUAUAUAUUUUUAGUCAUUAAAUGACAAUUUGAAAUAACACCGUGAUAAUAUUCCAUCGGGCUUCGGGCCACUGGCUGAAAACACAGAAAUGUCGUCGUGCCGCGUAGCCGCGUGCGUGGCGGCGCUGGCGGCGGUCUCCUGCGCAUUGCCCAACACUGUCUUUGCUCUUGACCUGAACAAGCUGUAUGGACACCACAAGAGAUCUGAAUACUGCCACCCGUACGAGCCGUUCAAAUGUCCAGUGGAUGGUAACUGCAUCUCUAUACAGUACCUCUGCGAUGGCGCUCCGGACUGCAUCGAUGGAUAUGAUGAGGACUCUAAGCUUUGCACCGCUGCAAAACGACCACCAGUAGAAGAGACGGCGUCAUUCCUUCAAUCACUGCUUGCGUCACACGGACCGAACUAUCUUGAGAAACUGUUUGGUAGCAAAGCGAGAGAUGCGCUUGCGCCGCUCGGGGGCGUCGAGAAGGUUGCUAUAGCCCUUUCAGAAUCCCAAACGAUUGAAGACUUCGGCGCGGCAUUACACCUCAUGAGGUCAGACCUGGAACACCUUCGCUCCGUCUUCAUGGCAGUCGAGAACGGGGACCUGGGAAUGCUCAAAUCCCUCGGGAUCAAAGACUCCGAGCUUGGCGACGUCAAAUUCUUCCUCGAGAAACUGGUUAACACCGGUUUCCUCGACUGAAUAGCACCGGAGUCUGCCUCUGAAUACUACCACAUCGUCCAAUUUGCUCCCCUUAACCCCUCAUUCUACAGCUACAUUCCCUACGACCCCCCCAAGUACAGGAGAAAGUAAAUCUCCUGUCCCUUUCUACCCCGAGCGAAUGAUGUGAUUCAAUUUAAUUUUACAGUCGAGUAUCAACUGUCGAUCAAACGAGAUCCAGAACCGGCCACAUGGACUUGAUUUGACGUCAGUUGGUCCUCAUUCUGCUUUAGAUAGAAAAAGGUUUAAUUUUAAUAGUAUAGUCAAUAUUUUUGUAUACAUUGCUUUGUCUUAUUAGGAAAAUAGCCAACGAAAUAGCUACGGUUGGGGACUUCUCGCGUCAUCGUCACUCAAACUGUUACACAAUGGUUUGUCUGACGAUCUUGACCGUAGCUACGUGUGAUGAGUGUAAGAGACAAGCGUGAAUGUCGCCCCAUCUCUUUUCUACCCGACGAAGUCAGAGGCGACUCCAUUUUACGUCAACGUCCAUAAUAAGCGAGAUAUAAAGCUAAAGAAUGAUAACGUUCGAGAGAAAAUGUCCUUAGAAUUAAUAAAUAUAAGAAUCGUUGAAAGAAUGCAUGCGCUUUAUAUCUGGCUUCUGGAGAAUUCCAGAAUAGGACCAUAAUUCAUACAUAUCAUUGUAAAACUAGUGUAGGGUAACAAUACAUAUCAUAGAUUUAAUCUGUAGCGGAUAAAGUACAAUUAUUUUAAUAUAUCGGUAUUGUAGUGUUUAUGAAACAUUUUAUAGGUCCCUUUUGGUAGGUACUUCAUCAUUGAAAUUUAAAGAUAUCUAACGAAGCAUGUUAAACGGUGCUGCACUUCCCGAACAUAUCAAAAUUAUGUGAUUAAUGAUAGAUGGUAGAUUACCUAUUGUGUGUUAUAGCGUAGUGGCAGAGUUUAUUUCCUAAUAGGUAGGAUUAUCUUCAGCGUAUGACGACUUUUGUCAAUAUAUAAUUUCCUAAGUAAUCUCACAAAUUUGUUCACUAGAAUUGUUUUAAAAAAUUAAUUCUUCAUUAAUUACCCAAUGAACAAAAUAACUUUUUGGCAUUGACGUAACUAAGUCACAAGUUUUUUUUCUCUUAUUUCAUAGAAAAGUUGCGAAUUAAAUUAAUUAUUACGUCUUAUUUUUCCACCAACAAUUAUAUAUUUAAUACAUUAUAAGCGAACUUUAACCUACUCUAGUGGACAAAAUGUAAAUUAAAAUUUUAGCAAAACACAUGUUUCAAAAUUUUAUAUCUGCCAAAUCUUUUAUGGUACCUAAUGUAAGAACUUAUCUGUUUUCAAAAUAUAUAAGUAUUAUAAACAUUUAAUACUUACAUAUUGUUUUUUUACAAAACUUAUGUCAAAUGCGGGCUAAAACGACAACGAAUUAAUGAUAACUUGACGUUGAAAAAUAAGUGUUUAAAUUUGUGAAAGGAACAAUCGAAUUGUUGAAUUAUCUCAUAAAAUUAAACAUAAAUAUUUUAAGUGUCAUGUUGUGGAAUAAUCCAUCAUUUUGGAAUCAUUAAAUUAGGAAAAUUUUGGAUGUCACAUCCAGUGGAAUAAUCAGGAGAAUAUUAGUAGGAUAAAAGAAUUAUGUAUACAAAAGAACAAAUUGAAGGUUAACUUUGCUCUGCGGUAAAAGUUACCAAUUAACUGCACACGAUUUAAAAAAAAGGAUGUAUCAUGAAUUUAGACAAUCACAAUUUCGAAAAUCAAUAUUUUGUCACACUUUAGCAAAACAUAUAUUCGACUUUUAUUAUUCCUACAUUAACAUCUUCGACAAUUUGUAACUUCGAAGAACCACUUCGGUGGAUCUUUAUUACGACAAAACAUACCUAUGACAAAUUACAGCAUUCUUAAGUGGCAAUAAUCGUUACUUUUUUGACUUUAUGGUGUAUUAAAAAAACAUUCGGACUAAUGACAGUCAAAUAUGAGUAUGUUUUGUCGAAGCAGUCUGUCAAAAUAUUAAUUUUCAAAAUUAAGACUGUCAAAAACGACAGUGGAAAAAAAAACAAUAAAAUAACAGCCUGUAUUUGUCAGAAGUUGUACUUUUCAAUCUCAUCCCCGUAGUAAUCCUUGUAGUGACAGACAUAAAAUUCGAUUUUCAUAUUAUAUUGUAGAUAGUUUGUUAGAAUAUUCUCGAAAUAUCAAUGAUUUAUAAAAUAGACAUUAAUUUUAACUUGCGUCAGAUCUAUUGAUAAUAUAUUCUACAGGAAAAACGUUAGUUGGUAUUAUGUGUUUUGAAG